UUACUUUAUUAAUCUUAUAAUAUUUUAUGAAUAUCGACAUAUUAUUGUACUUUAAAUCAUGUACAUUAUUUCGUCAUUUAUUUAACUUAAGAUAUUUUCUUAAAACGAGUUAUUGUUUUGCUGAUAAUCUUAUUGAUAAAAACUGAUAGUGUUAUCACAUUAUCAGUGUGUAAACGAAAACAAACCCUAGCUAGCCUACAAGUGCAAUAAUCAGCAUAGCGUAAACAAUAGCAAGUGUGUAUGUGUGUGUAGCUUGUUCGGUGGUUUGGUUGACAAUCGCGAUGUGAUGUAUUUCAUCGCAUGUUGAGUUAUAUUUUCAUAAAAAUCUUUUAAUUUUUAUAUCAGUUAGUCGAUUCAUUUCUAAAUGUUUUCUUUCGUUGUGACCGCCUUUCUCUGUUUUAAUUUCUAAAUAUGUGUAAUUUGCCGCCGAAGUUCCAUUCAGUGUGUCGCCUUUGUUUAUCAUUCUGUGGCGAUAAUUGCAGUGAUGUUAAACUUCAAAUUUUCGACCGUGAUAAGGAGAAAUCACGACUGUCUGAUAUGAUUAUGACAUAUUUGUCGAUAAUGGUGUAUCCUGGAGAUCUAUUACCACAAGUGAUAUGUGGCAGUUGUGCACAUAAAUUGGAUGAGUUUCACACCUUCAGAGAGUUAACACACAAAUCAGAAAGGCUGUUAGAACAAUUUUUACAAUAUGCAAAUUCAUUGUCUGGACCAAUAGAGGAGAUCAUCAAAGUAACGGCGGCAAAGUUAGAGGAAAUUAUAAAACCACUCGAUCAUCAUCUUUAUGAGCAUGAUAACAAACACAAAUAUGAAGAGAUGGGCUCGCCCGACUCUACGGAGGAGCUAAAAAAUUCUGAGAGCAGACAAGCGGCGGUCGCACUUUUGUCAAUCAAACAUAAUGAUCCCACGAAAUACACCAUUAAACCGGAGGAUGAGCCGCAUAUAAUGUUCAAGAGCGUACCUAGCAUACCGCCGCCCGAACGAGCGAGAGAGGUGAUGCACUGCAACGCUGUAAUCGACAUCAUUACCAAGGCGGUUGCGGUCGCGCAGCGGGAAAACGAAGAAUCACAAAAGUUCCCGCCCAACUAUACUAGCGUCAUAGACAGAACCCACUCCCUCAACUCCAACGAUGGCAAAUACUCACACGAUUAUCAAGAGGAUCAGUACAAUAUGUACAAUGUGUCACAAAACGCUCCCAGUCCCAGUAGCAAUGAAGACCAAGAAAACAAAGAAAUGGAUCUGUCACUAUACGGAACUGUUAAAAACGAACCUUCCGAUCAAAACGAAAACUCUGAUCGUGAUGCAAAUUCGUACUUCCAUAACGCCAUAGCUCAUAACAAAUCGUCAAAUUAUGCUGAAGAAUACAAGCAGUCGGUUUUUGGGAGAUCGUCAUCGGGCAAGACGAAAACUUCCAAAGACAACUCCUCAGUGUACGAGGAAUGUAGUCAGAGUAGUAGCGGCUCAGACCCAGACAGAUUACAAAUGGAUAUCUCUCAAAUGUCGCAGGACGACCCUGAAGAAACUCAGUCAGCGCGGUCAACGCAGUCAUCACCUCAACCGCCCCAUGAAAAUGAAAACGAUAAAGAAUCUCUUUGGCAAGCUCUACACAGGCAAAAUGGGAUUGCGGGGUUACUCCGUGAUCAUGGCACUGGCAACAGUGCCGAAUUAUCGGAGCCUCACCAAAAACAAGGUCGUGGUGGCGAAGCGACACAGCUACUGAAGCGACUGAUCAACAGCAAGCAUUUAGGAAUGACGGUGUCCCCUUUAAGAGCUACCACUUCCCCCCUGUCGGCGACACUGCAACAACCUGUCAAUGGUUCCGUCUCACCAAACGGCGAAUGGCAAAGUUUGGGGCGUGGCAAUAGCACCGCUGGCACAGCUCGGAGGAAACAGAGCUUCCCGGCGCGCGCCCAACCGCCCGCGGUGGCCGACGCACCUGCUGCUGCCCCGUGGCCGCAGACCAACGCUGAUAAUGAGCAAACGGAGGGCUCGCCUCUUUCAGGCGGGGGCAGUAGCGCACGUGCCGGUCCACGCGUUGAACUGUCCUGCACCAACUGCGGCACGCACACCACGACAAUAUGGAGGCGCGACGCGCGCGGCGAGAUGGUCUGCAACGCGUGCGGCCUCUACUAUAAGCUGCACGGAGUACCGCGACCUACCGCCAUGCGACGCGAUACUAUCCACACGCGUCGCCGCCGCCCCAGGCACGACGGAAAGCACGCGCGCAACAAGCGGCGGAGUGCUGGGGCGUGUGUAGAAAUCAGCGAAGCUAGCACAGGCAGUGUAGUCGCGACUAAUACAGGGGCGGGGGCGGGGGUCGUAGUAGGAGCUGGGGCGGGGGUGGGUGCGGUCGCUGGAGGGGAGGGGGGCGCUGACGACGGCAUGUUGGCAGCCCUGCGGCGACAACUGCAACCGCAUCUGUUGGCAGCCCUGCACGCGCACACGCAUCGCCCGCAGGUUGGUUUGAACGCGCCCGAAUACGACGAAGCCCCGUUGAAUCUGGUGGCGAGCCACGUCGCCGCCGAGGAGACUCACUGACCGCCCACUGACAUGUGAUACGCCCGCAAUCAACACUCAACCAGGGAAGUUUUUACUAAUGCUCCUUAAAAACAACCUAAAAUGUAUCAAACAUAGCAGCUUUUCAGUUAUCAACUUCCGUUAUAUUCAAAGAAACCUUAAAUUUACUAAACAUAAACGACUUUACAGGUUAUCAACUUCUUUUAUACUCGAAGAAACUUUAAAUAAACUAAACUUAACCAAUUCUUCGAUUUAUCAACGUUUAUACUCACAGAAACGAGCUAGGAUCCACGAAAGAUAAGCUGUCAUUGGCAUCAAUGAUAGCCUCCUUUCCCGUGUAACACAAUUUUCCACCCUUGUCUUUUGUAAGCGAUUGUGUGAAAAGCCACUAACUCGUUUCCGUGAAGAUUCUGAUGGGUGGACGAUAUUUAGUUUCUAUUCACUUGAGCUUGAUAUAGGUAAUGAAGACUAUAUUAAAAAGAGAUUGGAACUACUUCGACUAUUCACUCAGUAGCUCAUCAAUAAAAAAAUAUUAAAAACACCUAAAUAGUGUCACAAAAAAAAUAUUGAGCUAGUUCUGGGGUUGACGACUGGUAUAUCAAAAAGGCAUUGAUAACCAUUUUUUGAUCACUAAAGUCAAUGUAAUCAAAAUUACGUACAUUUUAUUUAUUUGAAAACAGACUUUUUUAGUUACUUAUCGUUUAAUCGCUCAUAAAUAACUGCUUAGGUAGUUUCUUUUAAUUCUGGCGGUGUCAAUAAAUUUUCAUUAUCAGUAAUAUAUGCCAUCUUAAGUAAAUAGGAAAACUAAUUAAAAACUUAAUGGUUAAUCUAAAAUAAUCAGCACAAUUUUUACUAUUUGUUCUUUUUUCAAAAUUAAUGUUCAGAAAGCAAAAAGCUUAAUGAUAAAUUAAUAAAUCACAAAGUCUGCAAAAUCAUACGGACCACUUGCUUUUUGAUACAUAAAUAAAAAAACAGAUGUUAAUUAUGAAUUUCAAUAGACUUUUUCUGCCUGCUCAGCACGUUAGAUAUGGAUUUCCAUACACUUUUCCAGCCCACUUGGUAGUAUAACAGUAAUGAGGUCCUUUCUGCAUAAUUUUUAGAACAAGAAUUAAGCACCUUUCGAGCAGGUGUAGUAUAAACAAUAUUUGUUGCACAAAAAAUUUUCAAAUUAAGAACACAUGCGCAAAAAAUGUUUUUUCUUUAUCUCUAUAGCAAGCAAUAAUAUCAGUAUUUUCAGCAAUAAUGCUUUUACCCGUUGGUUUUAAUCACACAAAGCAUACUGCAUUGUUUUUCAUAAAAAUCUGUCAAGUCAAAAUUUACGAUAAUUAAUUUGAGGAACUAAUUCACAGUAAAUUAUUACGAAAUGUAUGAAAUCUUAUGUUAAUUUUGUAUGAGUCAUUUUGCUUUCACUCUAUGUUUUUUAUAUUUCGCAGAUGUAUUAAAAACGUUGUAUGAUACAGCUGCGGAUUGCCACCUUUAAUAGUUCUUACUUCUUGAUUCUCGCUUUUUACUCGGGCCAUAACUUGUAUGAAACGAAAUGCACCGCUGUAUCAAAAUGUACUAAAAUAUAAUCGUUUUAUAUUAUAGUGGAAAUUAUUUUCGCUGAGAUGUGAUUUAAGUCAUCAUGCUCAUUUUAGUUAAUUGUUUACAAAACUUAUUAUUACUUAUUAUUUUUUAUAGUUUAUUAUUUAGAUACAAAAUUAAAACAUAAGUUGGCAACCCUAACUGGCUAGUGACACUUAUUUAAUUAGCCAAUUCUCGUAUUUUUUUCAUAUAGAACGAAACUUUGCUCACAUUCAAGUGAUGACUAGAAAAGUGAAGUAAAGCUAUAGUUGAUUUAUAAACCAUUUUUUUGUUUGUGUUGUUACAUCAGUUGAUUCAUGAAAGUAUGUAUUUAUUCUGUGGUAGCCAGUCCAUAUUUUCAUUAUUCGUGAUUUCUGUGAACACUUUGUGAAUCGACUGUAUUAACAAUAACCUCAUGAGACAUACACAGGAGCAACUAAUGUAUUAUAUUUAGUUCAUAAUAGUGAUAGAGAGGCCAGUUUAACGACUAUAACUAAUAGUUCGGGUGUAGAUUGCGGGUGAAGUUGGCUACGCUAAACGUCCUUAAACGAAGUUUUGUAUUAUUGCAAAACGCUCAACUCAACAAGAACCUUUACAUUAUUGCUAUUCUUGGUAAUUUAUUAGCUUUGAAAACAAAAUCUCAUUUAAAUGAUUUAUUUUUGGCCAUCAAUGAACCUACCUCCUACCUACCUAUUUAUAAGAACAAUCGAAAAGCAUGCGUAACUAGCUACGUUUAAGAACGUCUGGAGUAGACCUUCGAUUAUUCCAAGCUCCUUCUUUAUAAGUAUUCGAAAUCAGCUCACUACCAUAAUAACACGUUUACUAUAAAAGUACUUAAAUCAAUAACUAGAAGGAAAAUGUAAUAAGACUCCUUCGUAGUUGAAAGCGUUAUGGUGUAACCUAUGUUAUUUUUAUGAGUUUUUAUUUCUUAAAAUCAGGGCAUUAUUUUAAUAAGACGCGGGCAAUACUCGAUGUCAUUGCGUUAGUGCCUAUUUAAUGUGUAGAUCUUAAUGUACAGCGGUAGUGAUUGUGUUCUAAAAGUAUAAGUGAAAAGUAUUUUCCUUGGGCGUUAAAUAUGUAUGUGAUAAUGCAUGGUCAAUACAUUCGCCAAUUCUCCAUUCUGAAGAUAAUCUUUAAAACAAACUACUUUGCUCAUAAAUGCUGUUAUAUUAUAUUAUUCGCUUAGGUGAUUCGUGGAGAUGGCCGGGUAUGUCAUAGGUAUAUGAGUCACCUAGUUGCCAGUGUAAAAAGGGAAAUCUCAAAUCUGAUUGAUAUUAUUUGGGUCAUAAGCCUUGCCUUCAAAUGCUCUCUUGAUAUUGAUAAAUUUAUAUUUACCGUUACCUUUUGCGACGCAAGUAUUCAAUUAGAUGUAGGAUGAUUUUAAGAUAUUGUAAAUUUUGUUUACUAAGUAGUUAGAACUCUAAUGUUUAAAUGGUAAAAUUAUAGUUACUUUAAUUUAUUUCCCAUUUCGGUCAGUAUUUACAAUGUAAGUAUUUUUUUUUAUAUUUCUGACGAGUAUUUUUCUUCUUUAGUUAAGAUUUGAAGUUUUUUAUCAAUUAAGAAGCAAGUACGAGUCUCUUACAUAUUAUAUAGACACACAAACCAUUAUUAGGGGAUAUUAAAAUACAGAUAUAAGAGAGAACAUAGGUACGAGCGAAGUUGAGAUAUUAAAUGUAAACAUUUAGUGUUACUAUGAAUAUAUUUUUACAUUCAAUUAUAACAUACCUAACCAAUAUUUUGGCAUUAUUGUUCAUAAACAGGUAGUAUUACUACCUUUUAGGUUACUCAUAAUUUACCUGAUAUACAACUGCAUUUUUAUAUGUAGCGCGUGUAUCGUAGCUUACAUUGAACUGGCAUUAUUAAAAAUUAAUUUACCAGAUUCACCUCAUCAUGGUCAGUGUUUAAUGAUAACAUAAUAGCUAAAAAGCAUUUAUUUUAUGUCUCUGUUGAACUGGGCUGUUUAGUUGUCGCUUCUGUUCAACUCUGUUUACACUUUAUUCACCGUCCUAUGCUUGACGUCUCUACUUAAUUUUAGUGUUAGUUUGGAAACCCCAUGGGCCAGUAAAAUACAGAAGUCUAUGAGACAUUGUGAUAAUAUUAAGCUAGAUAAAACUCAGCGUCGAAUCUCCUCAAAUCAUGUGAUUUUAAUGCAGCUAAACUCUUCAGUAACUUCGUCAAGUUUAUCGUAUUUAAAUGGCUUUAAAUUGAGAUUAUUAUUUAUUAAUAAUAUGAUUUGGAAACAUUGUAUAGUUUAUUUCCGUAGAAUUUUCUGUAGAAAACACACUCAAUAAUGUUAUUUAUAAACGAAGAAGAAGGGUGGACUAGUUACAGAUUAUUAUUUAAUACUAGCUACGCUAGCGUAUCUUUAUCGAUUAUUAAAAAAUAUCAUUUAUCACAUACCAUAUUCCACUUCUACGUAACGAUAUGAUUUACAGGCGCAUACAGUAAUUGAAAAAGUGUUGAGCACGUCACUAGAAAAAAGUCAACUUGGCCAAGGUAUCAGGCUGGAUUUUUUUAACGAAAUAAUAAUUAUAAAGGAACAAAUUAUUUUAACAUUAAAUAGCUAAACAAAGUUAAAUUAACACGAGAAAGAAAUGCAAAUGGACGAAGAAGAAUAUUGUCGCACAUUAUUAUUUGUGCUGGCACUUUACUUGUCUAUUCGUGUUUGCUAUUUAUGAACUUAACUUCAGUCUUUCCUUUUUAUUCCCCAUAAAGCAUGAUAAGGACAGACUGUUGGUUUACAAAUAGCAAAUACGUAUAGCCAAGUGAAGUAAGUACCAACAUUAAAAUAAUACUGAAUCUCCAAAUAUGUUUUACAAUAACUUUAUUGUUCUGAAUAUGUUCCGCAUAUGUCUUUCGUUUACAUAACACAAAUGAUAUUUUUUAUUCGAUAAACAGACAGAACAUGGGGGUAACUAGUCCAAGCUAAUUCUUUGUGUAUGAAUAAAUGGGGAUUAUUUUGCUCUCUACUCAUUAAGCGCUCUCUUGCGAUGAGUUUAGCUCAUCGAUUCUAUAAUUCUAUCCUUACUAUAUAAUAUUUUAUAGCCCUGGACGAGAGCUUAUAUUUCUUAUUAAUUUAAGGUUAAAUAUAUAUAUAUACAAUUUAAGUGUUUAAUUAAAUAAACAUUUGCACACUCAAAUCGACGAAAUCUCUUUUUCCUACUUAAUGUAGCAAAAUUUAUAGUAGGUAUUUACAUGAAAAUACAUUUUACGAUUAUCAUUAUUUUCUAUUAAUGUUGCUGCUUGCAGUAGUGAUACAGUAUUAUUUUAUUAAAUUAUACUCUGUACAUUAUUAGGUUUAUUUUAUUCUGUUAGUUUUACCUAGAUGACGUCCGAAUUUUCUCUUCGUGUGCACUUGUUGCACCGAUUGAGUGUGUCUAUAUGUCAUUAGUGAUAAUAUUAAAAAACGUCCACAAAGUUAACCUUUUCUUAUUAAAUUUGCAAGACCGAGAUGAAGUAAACUGAAACGACAUUAGUAGAUUAUAGCCCUCGAUCUUCCAAUUUGGUUAUUUAUUAUUAUUUCUAGGUUUAAUUUGUCGAUGUAAGAGUUGAUGAACAAUGUAUUGUGUAUAUCUUCGUUAAGCUACUAACAAGCCGGUUGUGUUGUGUGUGCUUACGGUCUAACAAGCAUGUGUUUGUGAUUUCGUUUUAAUUUUCAGGUCUGUUCUGAAUGUAGACGUCGUACCAAUUGUAUUAUGGUGUAUUUAUAAUUUAUGCUGAAAUAUUGGCUUUAUAGGUGUACCAUUCGAUUAUGAUAUAAUUUCUAGAAUGAUUAAGACUGACUGAUUCAAACUCACUGAUAACUUCCUUCUCAUUGUGUAUUUGCUCCGUACAGCUCUCUCAUUUGAUGUCAGAAAUUAUGUUGAAAGAGUAUUAUAAUCCAAUAUGUGAUAAGGUAUUAUAAUGUUGAAGAUGAAGCGUGUUUCCGUAAAGCAAUAACAUUGUGAUAAGUGGUGAUGACCCGUGUAAGCAAGACUCAACAUAAAUUUAUUCUGGAUAGUAUAUUAUAAUGAUAUUGUCAAUUAUGAAUUGUUGUUGUAUAAUGCACUGAGCGAUAGAGCUGACAAUUGCAGGUGUGUAAUCUUAGAACUCGAUGGCGCAUUGUUAUGAUAAAACAAGUUUAUUGAAACCUGCCAAACAAAACACUACCUGGCGAUUGUAAGUGCUGUAGUUCAGCUAUCAAUUCAAUGUCAAUGCGAAGUUAAUUAAGAUGUUUACCGUAUCUGAUUCUCGGCCCCGAUGUAUAGAAAUAUAGGCACGAUUACUUGCUCUGUAGUUAAGUUGAAAGACGUAUGAUAUGCAUAAAGCAAUAAUUUCCAAUAUAGAAAGCUUAAUGGACCAUUUAUUAUAUUGUUGUCGUGUAUUUACUUAUCUGUAACGUUAUCGAUCGUAAGUUUCAGCAUAAAUUAUUAGAUUGAGAUUUUCGUACGAACACGUGACCGGAAUACUCAUUGUGAAACAUUAGUUAUUGUUGUAUAGAUGAUAUAUAAUGUGACUUACGCAGGGAUGGAUACUUAAAUUAUUAAAAUUUUAACUGAUAUAUUGGCUAUGUAGUGAGUAGAAUAUUUUUUUACAAAUAAAUUAUAGCAGCUAAUCUUGUGGUGUUGAUUAUUUUUAACCUCUUAUGUUUUUUUGUAUAAAUUGAAUGUGUUAAGGUAAAUGUAUGUAUUAUCACAAACGCUCCUGAACAAAAACCGCGAAAUUACUGGAAAUGCGCCACGGGUCGUGACGUGAAUAACCUCGAUAAAGGUCGAGUGAUGCGGUUCAUUCUAAUAUGACCCUUAUGCUGUGCAGCUUAAGGGUGAAAAUGCAACGUAAUAAACGUACACCUGUUUACAACUCAUGCGCGCAAGGACGCAACGAUAUAUCGGAAAACCGGUUAAUAUCGAUGCCUUAAUAUAUCGAUAGGGCACGAAACAACGAUAUCGAUAAAUCGGUAUCGAAAAAAAAAACAAUGUCGAAACGAAACAUCGAAAAUCCGCCCAAAAAUGCUGUUAUUGCCAAAACUGAAGUCUAGAAAAAUUAUUCUGUUCCCGACUAAUCUAUUGUUGUAAUCUGUUGUGCGUGUGUCUAUGGAUGUGACUCGUACACCAUCUAUUUUUCAUUCCCC